GGCGUUGGAGGUUGAGAGAGGGGAGUAAAGUAGAGUUCUAAUUUUGGUAAACAAAGCUAAGCAAAGAGGAAAAGAAUCGAUGGCGGAAACUACCAGUACUGGCUCAAAGAGAUGGCUUCCUCUUGAAGCUAACCCUGAUGUCAUGAAUCAGUUUCUUUGGGGUCUUGGUGUUCAACUGAACGAGGCAGAGUGCUGUGAUGUUUAUGGGUUAGAUGAAGAACUUCUGGAGAUGGUGCCAAAGCCAGUGCUUGCUGUUUUAUUUCUCUAUCCUCUCACACCACAGAGCGAAGAAGAGAGAAUAAAGCAAGACAGCGAAACAAAGGUGAAUUGGAUGAUCAUUUCUUUAUGAACUACACAUGUUCUUUAGUUCUUUGCUUCCAACCUUAGAUUUUAUCUUCUUAUUGAUGAAUGCUAGCAACUUGUUUCUGUUAGAAAUUAUGCCAUUUAGUAUCUGCUUUUCUUUUUUGGGUUUGCAAUUAGUCAAUGCUGGGCAAUUACUUACUAAUGUGCAGUUCUUGAUGUAAAAUUUUGUCCAUCUGUAAGGAACCCAGAGCCUUAUGCAAUAAAUAUCCAAGCAUAACACAAAGAUAAACAGCACACUUCAUUGUUAUUUAUUUCCACCAACAAAUAAAACAAGUUUACUAAUAGACAGACAAGAUGUGAGAAUAAUACACCCAACAACCAAGGUAUUUUGAGGAACCUUAUCCUCCAGAUCCUUAUCCUCCAGAUCACUACAGACCCAAAUCCUACAGAAUAAACUUCCUAUUUUCCCUUUAUAACCAUCUUAACUUCUAUGUAACUGCUAGGAAUACUCUCAAAUAGUGAUAUUAAAUAAAGUAGUAGUAUUCAGGCCUUAUUUUCACCGUUCUUCCUGCGUUUAUAAACCUUAGUAACAACAGGUCUAACAAUACCUGCCCCAACGAGUUUCACCUUGUCCUCAAGGUGGAAAUGACGAAAUUGAGCAUCAAUAACUUCAGAGGGUUCCCAAGUGUUCUCAAAGCUAGGUAAGUCCUUCCACUUAAUUAGAACUCCUUGGAAGCUAUUCAAAAGUGUGCGACAAUCUAUCACACUUUUAGGUUGUACUAGCAUUUCAAGUUCUUCAGUCAAGAAAGGAGGAAGUUGGAGUGGAACAGAUUCCUUCAUAGCACACUUUAGCCAAGAAACAUGAAUAAGGGAUGUACCCGUGAAUGAGGGGGUAAAUCAAGGGGAUAAGUGACUUCACAAAUUUUGCUCAAGCCAGUAUAUGGCCCAUAGUAACGAGGGCUUAACUUCUCAUUAACCUUUUUAGCGAGUGAACGCAGCUUGAAAUGUUGCAAGCGCAGAUAAACCAAAUCACCAGAUUGGAACACAACUUCACGAUGCUUAGCAUUAGUAUAACCUUUCAUUUGAGCUUGCGCAUUGGUUAGAUUAGCUUUAAGCUCAUCUAAAGUAGUGUUGCGAGUAACAAGCUAUUGGUUGACUUCUUCAACGACUGAAAUCUCAUCAGUGAACCGCAACAAGGAGGGAGGAUCUCGUCCGUAUAAAGCUCUAAAGGGGUCAUCUUGGUGGAACCAUGGUAAGUGGUAUUGAACCA